CCAGGGUCCGUGCUCAGCAGCAGCCCCCGGGGAGGCCCCUCGGGACGGGGCUCCAGGUGGAUGCUCAUGUCUCAUGGACGGUUCUCUUGCAGGGCUGUGUGCUGGCCAAGGAAGCAGGACAACUGAUGAGUCCCUUCCCAAGCCCUCCCUCAGGGCCUGGCCCAGCUCGGUGGUGUCUCGCAAGAGUAAUGUGACGCUGCAAUGCUGGACUUCUACCAAGAAUGUCAACUUUGUUCUCAGAAAGGGAAAAGUUCAUUUGCAGUCUGUGCAAUCACGGGCUUCCACAGAGGGCCUGGCUGAAUUUCACCUCACUGGCCUAAACAGCGACAAUGCUGGAGAGUACGCCUGUGAGUACUACAGACGAGGGAGCCCGUACAUACGUUCACAGCCCAGUGACGUCCUCCUACUGCUGGUGACAGGAGAUUUAUCAAAACCUUCCCUCCAAGCCCACCAAAGGGGUGAGGUGACCGCAGGAGACACUGUGACCCUGCAGUGCCAGAGGCCAGACAAUAUUUUCGUGCCUGUAAUGUUCGCUCUACUGAAGGCAGGAGCAGCAGGGCCCAUACAGGUCCAGAGUCCUGCAGGGAAGGAGACGGACUUCUCCCUCCGGACUGUGACAGUCAGUGAUGCGGGGAACUACAGUUGUGUGUACUUUCUGAUGAAGGCUCCUUUCCUGACCUCACAGCCUAGUGAUCAUCUUGAGAUCCAGGUGACAGCUCCCCCAGAUGCCACGUCGGGGGAUUACACCAUGGGCAACCUCAUCCGACUGGGUCUGGCUGCCAUAAUGGUGGUGAUUAUGGGGGCUCUUGUGGUGGAAGCCUGGUGCAGCCAGAAGGAGUCUCCACGUGGAUCCACAUGAAACACCUGAGCGCCUCUCUUGUUCAUGGGCUGCUGUAGUGACAUGGGGUUCUCUAAACACCAAACUCUACCAUGGGACUUCUUGUGUUUCUCAACAUGGGCACAGAUGGCAUUUUUGGUGGGAUAUUUCACCAUAUGGGACUGUCCUGUUCAUUGUGGGAACAUUUAGCACCAUUUCUCUUUCCCAUUAAAGAGCAGUUGAAGCCCCAGUCAUUGUGGAAGAAGAUAACAAGCAAUACUACUGUACUUUUUCCAACACCCCUAGAUAUGGAGGAUGGGAGUGGGGUGGUGUUGCCUUGGUGGAGAGCCUGUGUUAGGAGGGCAGGGAAAUAAUAUUCUUCCUCUUCCUCCUCCUCCUGACCUCAGGUCUGUACUACCCACAUGCCCCUGGCUGCCCAGGGAAGGAUGAAUGUUGGUAGACAGCCCUGCUGAUUCUUAACAGUCCCAUGGAACCUGUAUUCUUAGCUCUAUGAAGAACCACUUGAGGACAAGAGAUGGCUUCCGUCCUGCUGUAGCUUCACCUGGGGCAGAGGACAGGCUGAAGCAUAAAGACACACCUAAUAAAUUUGGAUGACUUGAAAAAAUACUUAAAGCUUCAGAGUCAGGCUGGGUAACCUGUGUAGUAACUUCUGUAGGAACUGUUAUUCCAUUGAAAAGUGGGGAAAACACUGCUUCCUGCAUAUUUAUUAUUGACUUCUCUCCAUUCUCUAUUUUGUGCUUCUGGACUAGCAAUUAGUCAAGUAUUUAAAUUUCUGUAUUUAUCACACAUGUCUUAAAUUUUAUUUUACAUAGUCCCAACAUUUUACCUAAUUUGGGGAGACUUCCUCUCAGUUUCACAGCAUCAAGUUGCUCCUGAGGUGCACCCAGCAUGUCUUCAUCUUCUGGUGCAGGUGUAAAAUGUUAUCCUCAAUAUUUUUAUUUUCAAGAUCUGUUGUUGUUUGUUAAUAAUCCUGUUCUUUUUCACAAAUACUCAUUCUUAUUCUAGAACUGUUAUCUCCUCUCUUAUAACCCGGGAAAUACACUUAUAAAAACCCAGUUCUGAUCGGAGUCGAGUAGUAAAACUCAUGGUUCCUCCUGACAACAGACCCCUUUCAUUGCUACUUGGUCAAGAGUGGUGAAAAUGGACAGAACUCUGGAUUUAUGGGUGGCACAUCAGACAGACACCAGCUGCUCAGUCUAUAACCACUUCUUGCUGCAGUAUCUGCCUUGGCCAUGUAUGGAAAAGCCUUCAUGAUGUUCCUGCUCCCUAAUGUGUGACUGCCCACGUCUACUUUAGACUGUGUUUCCUCUUCAAUCAGAUCCUACUUUCAUUCUGAACUCAUUCGACUCACAGGAAGUUGCAAACUCAGUACAGACACUUGCACCCUGCAUCCAUUUUCUCCAAUGGUUCCAUUGUAGGUCCAUCACAAUACCAAAACCAAAAAGUUGACCCUAGUACAGUGUGUAGGGUUCUAUAUUGUUUUAUCACAUUUAGAUUCAACUGGACACGGGUAUAAUCAACAUACUGGUGUAGUCUAUCACCAUAAAGAUGUUCCUCACAGUGUGCCUUACUGUCACACCCUAUCUCUCUCCCCAACACCACUGCAACCACUGGCUUGUUCUCCAUCUUUAAAAUUCUGUCAUUUUCUGAAUGUUUUAUGUCAUAUUAUUUUCAUUUCCUGAAUGUGGGUGUGACACAAAAACCUGUGGGUCAUAGGUCAUAUGAGAGGAAAGAAGGGAAAGGCUGGAGGAAAGAGGUCACUGCCCACACUGAGCUUCCCUCCAUCCCAUGGUUGCAAAGCUGAAGAGGGGACCUUAGAGCAGGCUGCAGGGCCAGUAUGACCCUGGAACUCCUUUCCCUCCUCUGCUUUGGUAAGUUCCUUAGGAUGGUGUGCUGGGGUUCAAGAUGAGGGUGGGCUGACAGAUUGAGAGAUAGAAGAAUACAAAAGAAAUAAUGUCAGUUUGUAUUUACUGAUUGCUUCACCCACGUCAGGACCCACGCUGGAGGCUUUACAUCCAUCCACUGCUCAAGUUUUUGCCAAUAUUCAAAUAUGUACAUUCCACAUUUGUGAUGGUAUGCUAUGCCUACACCACCUUUACUUAAUAUAUUAUUUACUGACAGUGAGUCAAUAUUUUUCUUUAAAUAAAGGUAUUUAUUUGAAAAUGGAAACUACUUAGCAAUAAUUUAACAAUGCAUGUCACCUACCUGAAAAAGGAGAAUUAAUACAAAUAUAUAAUACUAUGGAAAGGCAGAAAAUGUUAGGACAUUAUAGCCUUAUGCUCUUUUCAGGUUUCUGAGCCCAUGGCUGACCAUUUCCUAGCUAUAAAGGGCGAUGAGCCAGAGAUAAAGUUGUUCUAAAGUACGUCAAGAUGAUCUUCUCUCCUUGAUGUAAUCAGAAGGGUUUGAUUGAAAGGGUAAUAACUUUUUGAUGCUGUGAUCAAAGCUAUAGGAUAUUGUGUCAGUGUGUUGCCUAAAAUCAUCGCCUUGAGCACCUGUGGUUCAUAUUCCAACCUGUAGGAAAUACCACUCUGACCCUUGCAAACAGUCCUGCAUGGUGGGAAUUAGGCCCACAGGGUUAAAUGAGGACCCUGAGAUUGAUAGCUGAGGGUUCCUGCGCAGGGCCACACAGAGAAUGAGCAGAACAGUCAAAAUGCAAGCCCAGCCUGUCUGCCUCUAAAGUCAUGACUGUUCCCACUGGGUUAUAACAGGAAACUAAAAUGGAUACAAGUAUGGCAUCUCCAAAACAGAAAUGUCCUGGGGGUGAACAGAUGCUGAGUAGGGCAAAUUCUAAAGCAUAAAAGAGGAGCCGUUCAUCAUGGCAAGUGAAAGGCCAGUCACAAAAGACCACAUUCUACACGAUUCCAUUCAUAUGGAAGUCCAGAAUAGGGAAACCCACAGAGAAAGUAGGUUAGUGGUUGUUUAGGGCUGGAGAUGGUGGAGGUGGGGAAAUGCAACAAAAGUAGAAGAGUAAUGGGGUAUCAUUUUGAAGUCAUGAAAGUGUUUUAAAUUUGACUGUGUGAAGUUUGCACAUAUCUGUGAAUAUAGGAAAGCCAAUGAAUUGUACAUAGUAAAUAGGUGAACUAUAUGGCAGGCAUGUGAAUUACAUCUCAAUAAAGUUGUUUAAAAUUUCCUGGGUGUGAAAUGGGGUACAGUUCAGGAUGUCUAUUUGCAGGUGCAAAAAACCCUAGUUUCCUCAGACAAGGACAUUGUGUGGUUUUCAGCUUGUUUUGGGGCACCAUGACUAGAUCUGAAUUUUUCUUUUUAAAGAUUUUAUUUAUUUGUCAGAGAGAGAGAGACAGAGCACAGCUCUGAUCCCUAGACUCUAGGAUAGUCUAUAGGGCUCUCUUUAUGUCAGACCUCCACCUUGGGAAAAUGAAAAGGAUUCCAUUCUUAGGUCUUCUGUUUUUCCAGGAGAGGAGUGAAUCAGGUGUAUGUUCUGGAGCCUCCACUCCUGCACAUGCUGGUCGAUUGUAUUUGAAAUACAUCACAUGGUGCUGGGGCUUGAUUUCCUUAUUCAUACAAUGAGGAUAAUUAUGACCAUCUGCAGGGCUGUCACAGUGAUGAGAGACUGUGUAUGCAUAGGAAGAUUACUGUUAUUUCCAUGGGGGAAUGAAUCCUUCUAUCAUCCCCCCUCCCUGGCUCAGGUGCUAUUUCUGCUGGAAAUCGCUCAUGCAGAACUCUCCAUCAUCUGUCAGUGAAGCACACAGGUCCCUGCUGGUCCCUGCUCUCUUCUGUCCUUGACAGAAUGUGUGCCCAUUAACAGGCUCCAAAGCACCCACUCCUUGUGAGAUAAGACUUCUGAGAAUGGUCUCCUCUUAUCACUGUAUUGGUGAUGUGCAGAGUUGACACAAGAUGCCAGUUAGAUAAGCAGCCGGGUGGUCAAGUGUGUAUCCAACCAACAUGUCCUUCCAACCAUGUUGGGUGAAGCCCUCAAGCCUCAGGGACACCCCACUCAGGAGGCAGGUAGAGGGUCCCGGUCCCCCCCCACCCCAGGAGUGUCUGCAGGGGUGAGUGAGGGCAGGUGUUGAGGCAGGAACUGAAGAGGUCUGAAUGUUUCAGAACCCUGUGUGGUCCUUAGCUGGGAGAUGGCACAUUGAGGGCAUUAAGUUCUAGUAGGAAUUCACUUAAAAUCACUUCAUGAUGCUUUAUGAUGGUAUUUUUUUCUUAACUAAGUUUAAUUUAUAGGCUAAGCUGGGUUCUCACACCUGAAUUCCUCCCUUUGCUCUGAUUUUCCAACAACUAUGGACAGCUUAAAGUACCUUCAUAUUCUCUGACUCUACAAUAUCACACUUGCUCCCAUAGGAAAUCUCAUUUCAUCACUAACUCUGCUCACUUUGCUCUGUGCAGUUACAUGAAGUUGAUGUAGGUCUUCUACCUUUUACCUACUUUCAGCAACAUCUGAGGUGGCACGUGUCUGUCCUGGGAGCUCCACCCAUUCUGCAGGGACUAGGCAGGAGGGACAAAGGUCCAGGCCCCCAGGGCUUUGAUGCACAGGGACUAGGCUCUGUCCAGAAGUGGGGGUCAAUGCUGCUUCCCAUGUGCAGCUUCCAAGUGGAUUCAGGUGUCCACAGGCCUCUGCUGUCUCCACACUUGUCCUUCCUCCAUUUCCUGGGGUCCUCUGACUUUGCAAUAGCAUUCCUUCACAUACCUUGGCACAUGUCCACUACCUUCAUUUUCUCAGACUGCAGAUUUAAUUUUCAUGAUGCUUGCAUGUGUUUGCACCUAAAAGUCCCAGUAACUUCUCACCUUCCCCCUGAAACACCAAACUGUUCCUCCAUACAGAAGAAAGAAAUGAAAUUUCUGUUCUUAGAAACACAGGCCUAGCUAAACUCCUACUUCUCCUUGUUAACAUAAUACCCUUCUUACAAUAAUAUUCAUGUAUAUGAUAUAAAUUUCCAGGAGAUCUUAGCACUCAGGCAAAAGUAUCCACCCCACACAGAUACUCCACAAAUCAUACUAUUACCAUCCUCUAUGCCAAACUGCAUUUAAUCUAGCCAUUUCUUCUACAGCCUGUGUUACAUGUUCUAAAUUGCUCCACCUGAGAGGGGAGGCAGUAACCAUGGGGAAGCCUAGUGACUGGGUCUGACUCUAGCCAACUCCUGCCAUUACAUAAGGCCAUCUGGCAUAAAGUGACCAGGAAUCUUCUCCCUCAAUAAUGCCUUAUAUCUCAUGGGUGAUUCCUCUACAGGGUUGUGUGUUGGCCAAAGAGACACAAUAGUUCGUGAGUGUUCUCUUUUUCUUAUUUAAAUGUUACUAGUUUUUUCAUCCCAAAUUCCCCAUCCUUUCCUUCUCCUCUAAAUGGAAUGUAAGGUGAGUGUGUCAUCUGAUCUGAGCUCUACUUCUUUCCAGGGUUGCUUCCCAAGGCUUCUCUCAGUGCCUUCCCCAGUUGGGUGGUAUCUCCCAAGAGUAAUGUGAUUCUUUUUUUUUAAAUUUUAUUUAUUUAUUUAUUUAUUUAUUUAUUUAUUUAUUUAUUUAUUUACUUACUUACUUAUUUAUUUAUUUUAAUUUU